AAAGUGUUGCAGCCAACUAGAAAGCCAGUUUCUCUGCUGUCUAGCCUGUUUUCUACAGAAGGAUGACUGAGGGAUGCUUAUGGGUGUGCUUUGCUUUGAGGUCACAGCUUGAAGUCUUCUCUCUCUCCCUCUCUCUCUUUUGAUUCGCUUUCUGCCGCAGGAGAGGAUCUAUGAAGUUUAUUAGUGCAACCUUACAUGUGUGUUUGAAAGCAUACACUUGAAAUACUUAUUAUGGACAAAAUGACCAAAGGGAACUCUGCAUCUAAGCUGUUCUUUAUUAUCUGAAAUUCACUGCGACAGGACAGGAAUCCUUGGGAAAUAAACACAUCUGAAGAUGAAGCUGCAGCCCUUAAUCAGUUAUUUUGUUGUAAUCUGUUCCUUCUUUUGCCUGGCAGGCCUAAGGUGCUGCAGUGCUGUGCGACAUUCUGUACUUGAUGCAUUCCAGGGACACAGAGGACAUAUGCAAGAGGAAUUAAAAGGAUAUGGGCCAAUUUUUGAAGAACAGCCCAUUGACACAAUCUACCCAGAAGAAUCCUCAGAUGGAAGAGUCUCAAUGAAUUGCAGGGCCAGAGGAAUCCCUGCUCCCAUUUACAAGUGGAAACUUAACAACUGGGAUAUUGAUAUUACAAGGGGGCGCCACCUUAUGGUAGGAGGUAACUUGGAAAUCACUAACCCUGAGAAAUCAAGGGAUGAAGGAAUAUAUGUCUGCAUAGCAUCCAAUAUACAUGGAAUCAUACGGAGCCGAGAAGCAUAUCUAAACUUUGGAUAUUUAAAUACAUUUACUCCUGAAGAAAGACAUGAAGUAAAAGUUCGGGAAGGUGUGGGAGCAGUGCUUCUCUGUGACCCUCCACGUCAUUAUCCAGAUGAUCUGAGUUACCGAUGGGUUCUGAAUGAUUUCCCUGAAUUCAUUACUUUGGAUAAACGACGAUUUGUUUCUCAGACAAACGGCAAUCUCUACAUAGCAAAAGUAGAAGCAUCAGAUAAGGGCAACUACUCUUGCUUUGUGACCAGCAACUCAAUAGCGAAGAGCGUAUUCAGCAGUUUCAUUCCUCUUAUUCCUCAACCAGAUCGUACGAAAGGUUAUCUGCCAGAUAUCAGAGUGAAGUUCAAAGACACAUAUGCACUUCUAGGGCAAAAUGUGACACUAGAGUGUUUUGCACUGGGAAACCCUGUACCUGAGCUUAGAUGGUCUAAGUACCGUGAACCCAUGCCGACCUCUGCUGAGAUAAGCGCAUCUGGUGCAGUUCUCAAGAUCUUCAAUAUCCAGUUUGAAGAUGAAGGGACUUACGAAUGUGAAGCUGAAAAUCACAGAGGGAAGGAUAAACAUUCAGCAAAUGUUUAUGUUCAAGCAAUGCCAGAAUGGGUGGAACAUAUCAAUGAUACUGAGAGAGAUUUGGGCAGUGAUUUACACUGGGUUUGCACAGCUACUGGCAAGCCGAUUCCAACAAUCCGGUGGUUGAAAAAUGGAUUACCGUACUGGAAAGGAGAACUGAGACUUUAUGACCUGAAGUUUGAUGAUGCUGGGAUGUAUCAGUGCGUAGCAGAAAACAUACAUGGAAUCAUCUAUUCAAAUGCUGAACUGAAAAUUAUAGUUCUGCCUCCUACCUUUGAAUUCUAUCCUAUGAAGAAGAAAGUCUUAGCUGCUAGGGGAGGUCGUGCUAUAAUUGAGUGCAAGCCUAGAGCUGCUCCUAGGCCUAGAAUCACAUGGAGCCGAGGGACAGAAAUUCUUGUAAACUCCACCCGGAUGCGUAUUUGGUAUGAUGGAAGUCUGGAAAUUAUUAAUGUCACAAGGACUGACAUAGGCAACUAUACAUGUUUUGUAGAAAACAACAAAGGAAAAGCUAAUGGUUCCUCUACUCUUGUAGUCACAGAUUCUACAAGGAUUACUUUAGCACCAACUAAUGUUGAUGUCACUGUUGGAUACAAUGCUACCAUGCAGUGUCUUGCAGAACAUGAUCCCACUUUAGACCUGACUUUUAUUUGGACACUCAAUGGAUACCCAAUAGAUGUUGAUAGAGAGAGUGAUCAUUAUGAAAGGAGCAUCAUGAUCAAGAAUAAUGGUGAACUUAUAGUAAAAUAUGCACAACUGCGACAUGCUGGAAGAUAUACAUGCGUUGCUCAGACAAUUGUUGAUAAUGCCACAGCUUCAGCUGAUCUUGUUGUGAGAGGACCUCCGGGACCUCCAGGAGGACUCAGAAUUGAAGAUAUUAGAAACACAUCUGUGAUUAUUCAAUGGAGCCGUGGAACAGACAAUCAUAGUCCUAUUUCAAAUUACACUAUCCAGUCAAGAACCCCUUUACAUGAUGAUUGGAAAGAUGCCAAAACAGAUCCUGUAAUAGUUGAAGGAAAUGCUGAAACAGCUAAAGUGAUUGAUUUAAUCCCAUGGAUGGAAUAUGAAUUUCGGAUAAUGGCUACUAAUACUUUAGGGACAGGAGACCCUAGCAUACCAUCAAAGAAGAUUCGAACAGAGGGAGCUCCUCCUAAUGUGGCUCCUUCUGAAGUUGGAGGAGGGGGCGGCAGAAAUAGAGAGCUUACAAUAACAUGGAUGCCUUUGCCAAGAGAGUAUCACUUUGGUCAUAAUUUUGGAUACAUAGUAUCCUUCACGCCCUUUAAUCAAAAUUCCUGGAAGAGAGUUACUGUUCCUCAGCCAGAUGCCAGUCGAUAUGUCCACAAGGAUGAGUCGAUGCUCCCAUCUUCACAGUAUCAAGUAAGAGUGAGAGCAUUUAAUAACAAAGGGGAAGGACCUGACAGCAUGACUGUUUCCAUCUCUUCAGCGGAAGAUGCUCCUACCGAGAAACCAAAAAAAGUGGAUGUAAAAGUCAGAUCAGCCACUGAAGUCACUGUUAUUUGGCAGCAGCUUACCCAACAAAUCGAUGGGUAUGAGAUUCGCUACUGGUCAGCUUAUGAAAAAGAAAUAGCUGCAAACAGAGUACAAGUGAGCAAUCAGAAUUUUUCAGUAAGGUUGGAAAACCUGAGGCCUGACACACGAUAUACAGCAGAAGUGUAUGCCUUUAACAGUGCAGGCUUUGGUCCUGCCAGUAAUCGAGUGCACUUCACAACACAAAAAGCACCUCCAAGACAAAAACCAAAAAUUACCAGUUAUGUUAGAUCUGGUUCAAAAUACAUCAUCACCUGGGACCAUGUCCGGUCAGAUUCUAAUGAAUCAGAUGUGAAAGGAUAUAAAGUGCUUUAUAGACCAGAUGGCCAAUUUAAUGGUACACUGGUUACAACUGGCAAACAUUAUAUAGAGGUUCCUGCUCCUGUUACGGGUCAAUAUGUUGUUGAAGUUCGAGUGCACAGUGACGGAGGAGAUGGAGAAGUAGCUCAAGUAAAAAUUCCAGGAGCUGCUGCUGGAAUAUCAUCUAGUUGUCUUGGAUUUUUGCUGCCUGCCAUUGGUAUCCUUGCCUACUUGGAAUUCUGAAUGUAGCUGCAGUUAUCUUGUCUUCAACUGAGUGCAAAGGACCUUCCAACAUGAAAGGAUUUCAGUUUUUUUUUAUUAUUAUUAUUAUUCGUCUGGCACCAUCCUGAGCCAAAUAAAUUAAAUUUCCAAGCAAAACUCUCCUGACUUAACUAUGGACUUCUAAAAGAAAAAGAAAAAAGACUGAGGCAUCGAGGAACUCCUUCAUCAAGCAACUUGACUUUUGAAAGUCCGAGUAAUGAUUUUUAACUUGUUCCAGUGAUGCCUUAUAAAGCACUUUGUGCUGAUCUGCAACAGUUGCAUGAUUUGGUCCAAUGGGGCAAGCUACAGUGUUUAAAUCCAAUAACAUAGGCUGUACAGUGAAAGUAAAAUCACCACACAUAGGUGCUUUACCUAUAAUAAAAAAUUGUGAAAACAUAAUAGAGAUUGAAAUGUUGAUUGUAUGUGAUAUAUGUAGGAGUAACUACGUCUGUACUAUCCUAUCUGUUUUGUGUACUUAAUAUUUUUGAAUGGCCCCAUCGUUUAUGACAUUUUCAGGUUUUUUGAGAUACAGUCAAAGCAAAAACAUUUCACUUCUUUCUACAGCUUUUCUUCUUGAAGAGACUAAAUAUCAGUUGAGAACACUGAAAGCAAAGUUCAUUAGCAAUGGACUUUACUUUAGAUAAAUUUAGACAAGUUAAUACUGAAUAUUAAGAAUAAAGGAUUUUCCCAGCACUUUAGUUCAAAGUUGUUCCCUUUCACUCAAAAUGCUGUUUUAGAAAAGAUUCUAGGCAAGCCAACUGCCAUUGUCCUCAGCCGCAGAGAUAUUAUUUUUGCUAUUAUAAGUAAUAUCAAUAGCUAUAUAAGCAAGUUUACUUAUAAUAUUUCAUUGCAUCCAGGAUUAUUGCCACAAUUUAAAUUCUUCCAGUUCUAGAAUUAAUUAUGUGGCUUGAAUCUCCAUGUUAUAAGCCUCCUAAUAUUUGCCAGCCAAUAGAAUGGCAUGGUGAAAAUUUGGGAAAAAAUAUUCCGGUAUAGCAUCAAAUAUUAAAAUAAAUAGAGUAUUUAACUUUUUUAAAAGCUUGGGGCAUUUACAGUAAUAACAAGUGGAAUAUGCAGUAAAAAGACAAAAUAACAAAUAGCAAAAAUGAUCCUGAGAUUUAUUUUUUUGUGACAAACGUAUUGCCUUACUUUCGUGAAGGCCAACCUUUAGGAAAAUGAUUUGCAUUUUCCAAUAAAUUGAUAUUAUUCUACAUUCUAGAGCUGUAAAUAAGAGUUUUAAAAGCCUAAAUGAUUUCCCUAUUUAUUGUUCCCAACAAAGAAAAAUGUUAUGGAAUUUCAAGCAAAUCUCAGCCAUUCUGGCUGCUUUUAAUUCUUAGUUUAUAUUCUUUGCAAUACUGGAAUUCCAGUAGGAUGUACCAGAAUGUCUUUGUUCUGACUGUGUCUGUACCGUAUUUAAAGUUGUUAAAAAGAAAUACAUAUUUCUUUCAGAAUCCAUGGUGUGCUGGGAAUUUGGUGUGAAUGUUGAAUACAAUAACCCCAGUGAUACUGAAUCAGCUGGUUCAAGUAAUAGUGCAAUUUCUAUAAGCUUUGAAUCUAUAAGCUUUGAAUCAUAUUUUAUUAGCACAACCUUGCUAGCUGCUUAGAGAUAGACUUUAACUUUUUAGGUCUGAUACUGUAGAUGUCCAUAAGAAUGCUAUUUACAUGAAACAAGAACAAAUUUGUCAAUACCUUAUGCCCCCUUCAUUAAUAAUUUUUCUACCGUGUAUUUACAUUUUAAAAGUCUAGACUUUUCAAUGGUAAAAUAUCAAGAAUACUGCUUUAGUUUAAUUUUGGAUCUUUGUUACAGGUUGAAACUUUUUAAAAAUUAUAAUUUCCUUUUUUUAAAAUUGUAAUUUCCCUGUAAAGAAUAUCAAAAGCUACAGAAUUGAGGUCCUUGAAUUAUGUAAUUCUUUGUAAGAAAGUACAAUGUCUUUGUGUAUAACAGCCUGGAAAGCCUUUGGUGAAAUUUGGUGAGGAUAGUUUUAAUAUACCCUACAACCACAACUAAAACUCUUGCCAAAAUGCGUAUAACUAGCUUUUAAUGUCUUACUACAUGAUGGAACAAAAGCAGGUAGUUUCUGCGUGAAGAUGACUUGGAAGGUCCAAAGGAUCCUUUUAAAAUUUAAUCUGCAACACAGAUGACUUAGAUUUCAUUAUUCAUGCUAAUUAGCAAAUCUCAGAUUUACAUUGUUUCACACAAUUGUACCAGUUUGACUGGGACAUUCAGUUCCCAACAACUGUCAGCACAACUAACUAUAUUGUAUCAUCUGCUUUACAAUGCAAGGUUCUUAAUUAAAAGUUUAUAUAGAUAGAUAUAUUGGUCGUUUCUUUGUAUUUCAAGCGAUCUUGAUAUUAGCAUUAUUUGAUAUUGAUAAUUUGAGGAUUUUUAAGUUACUUUUUAAAUCAUUUUCUUUCCUACUGAGUAGACCAGGACCAUGAUUUGUCCAUUUUAUGGUUGAAAAAUGAAUUAUAAUUAAAUAAACAUAUUAAUGG